AGGACAAAGAGCAGCACAGAUAGUCCAUUCCUGACAAUGGAUAUCAAGAGUGACUCCAAGAUUGAAAGGAAAAAACGUGCCUCGAAUCAGCUGAAGGCAAAUGCACACUUUCAUAAGCUGUUUCUAGAUGUUCCCAUUGAUGAGCCAUUGAAACAAAGCUUUACCUGUGCUCUGCAGAAAGAAAUUCUGUACCAAGGAAAGUUAUUCCUUUCUGAAAACUGGAUUUGCUUUCAUUCCAAAGUUUUUGGCAAAGAUACUAAGAUUAGUAUACCUGUGCUCUCAGUGACACUUCUGAAGAAAACCAAAACUGCCCUUCUUGUGCCAAAUGCUCUCAUCAUAGCAACAGUCACAGAUAGGUACAUGUUUGUCUCCUUACUCUCCAGAGAUACCACCUACAAGCUGUUAAAAUCUAUCUGUAGACAUCUUGAGGAUACAAGCAUGGGCAACAGUCCAAAUCCCUCUUCUGCAGAAAACAGCUUCAGGGCUGAUCAUCCCACAACUCUGCCUUUGGAUUUCAAUGAAGAUUAUUCUGAUCUGGAUGGAAUAGUGCAGCAGCGGAGACAAGAGAUGGAAGAGUCCAGCAGUACAGGCUCACAGACCCCAGAGCUGGAAUGCUUCCAAG